AUGGCUAUACCUACUGAGAACAAUAUCGCCUAUUGGUUCUGCAUGAGCCCAAGCUGCACACAAAUGAACAACAUUGGCGAUGAGAACUGUAAAAAGUGCCACGCUGAACUUGCUCAGGGAGCAGCUGCUUUGAGUGGUGGCAUCGACAAGAUUGGGGACUGUGUGGGAAAGGAUUCAUAUGGUGAUCCAGUCUGGGAAUUCCAUGAGCCUGAGACUAUGGAUUUUACGGAGGCGAGGGCUAGCACUACCUAUGUCCAGGCAACCCGCAAGCAACCAGCAAAUACACAACCUUCUCACACUCACUACAACAAUUUCGCCAUGGCUCCAAUCACUGCCGUUCGCGCCGAUCAUACAAAGUGGCAAUGCAUGGCCAGAGCCAAUGGCGACUUCUGCCCAGUCAACGACAUGUUUGAGUAUCGCCGAGAUAACAGAGGUCGUGUCAUCAGAAAGCCAAUUCGGACAUGUCCUGGAUGCAAUCAAGUUCGAGGCAAGAAGACUAAGGCCUUGAGGUCAGACUGGAACCAAAUCGGAACGCUUGAAGGUUAUACUGCCCAAGGUGAAGAAAUCUGGGUUUACACUAAGCCGUAUGAUGUUGAUGAACCAGGUCCAAUUGUAUAUAAGACAGUUGAGGAAUUCACAAACGGUGAUGUCGCAUAUGAGUAG